GGUCUUUGACGCUGUGGUGGGAGGUUUCAGAGCGGGUUUCCGGCAGAGGUUUGGAUGCGGGGCCUGGUGCAGUAGUUUUGUUUGAGCUUUCUGCAGCAUGAAUCCUGUUCUAACCAAGGUCCUGUGUUUAAGAAAUGCAAUCCUCUUUAAACAAGCUGCUGCUACAGUUGUCAGGUUUACAUCUGUAAGACAACCUCCUAUGUCAUUAACAGGUCCAGUAUUCCUGUCCAGUAAUAGACAUUACAGAUCAAUGCCCACCCAUGGGAUUGGGAGGUACAAGUACCUACUGCCAAAAGAAGUUCCACGCAAAAAAAAAGAAAAGCUACAAAUGAAACAACUCAAGACAGGCACUGACACAGAAUAUGGCGUCCUAAAUAUCCAAGUCACUGGCCACGACAUGACACAUGUGGAGCACUACAGUCAGUACAUCCACCGGCUCUGCAACCAACUGAAGAUCAAAGUAGAGGAAAGCUAUGCAAUGCCCACCAAAUCCACGGAGAUCUCACUGUUACAGGAACAAGGCACUAAGAUGAAUGUGGAAGCUGUUAUUCCCACUCAUGAGAGAAUUAUACAGGUUAGUGAUUUGAGCUCAAUUCUCCUCCCAAUUGUUGUGGAAGUCCUUCAAACUAAUCAGCCAGAAGGUGUGCAUCUGUGCAUCAAGGAACACACUGAAGCUGAUUUCCAUGCCCGUUUCAAGGCGAGACCAGAAUUAGAAGGACUGAUAGCACAGAUGAAUUGAGAAGAAAUCUAAAGGCAGUGACUAUUCACCAGAUUACGGGCUACUUUGAGUAGUAACAUGGGGGAGCUGUGAUUAAAAAUAAUAUGUAUUAAUCUUUGUUUCUAGGAUUCCUAUGCAAGCAGGUUAAAGUGUUGUACCUGGAUUGUAUAUUAUGUAUUUAUUAAAAUAAAUCCUAAUUGUUUUGUAAUCUUA